AUGGGUGAAUCCAGACAAGAGCUCCUGGCUUGGUUGAACAACCUCCUCCAGUUGAACAUCACCAAGAUUGAGCAAUGCGGAACCGGUGCUGCACUAUGCCAGAUCUUUGACUCGAUAUUCAUGGAUGUGCCCAUGUCCCGGGUCAAGUUCAACGUCAACACUGAAUAUGCCUACCUGCAAAACUUCAAGGUUCUCCAGAACGUCUUCGGCCGCCACGCUGUAGACAAGCCUAUUCCCGUCCAGUCCCUUACCAAAUGCCGCAUGCAGGAUAACUUGGAAUUCCUUCAGUGGACCAAGCGUUACUGGGACCAGCACUACCCCGGAGGUGAUUACGAUGCCGUUAGCCGACGAAAGGCCUCUGGUGGCCCAGCUAGUGCUCCGGCUGCCGCGGGCUCCCGCGCUCCCUCAGCGGGCUCACGACGCGGUGUCACCCCGACCACGGCUGGUGUCCGUCCCCGGGUUGCUACUGCAGGCGGUGCUCCCACUGCAGCUCUGCAGCAGGAGAUUGCGACCCAGAAGGAGGCGAUUGCGGGAUUGGAGAAGGAGCGUGACUUUUACUUUGCGAAGCUUCGUGAUAUUGAACUGCUGCUUCAAAGUGCCAUCGAGGCUGACCCCGAGCUGGAGAAGGAGGAGGAUACUUUGGUGACGCGCAUUCAGGGCAUUCUUUACUCUACUGAGGAUGGAUUUGAGAUCCCUGCUGAGGCUGAGGAGGGUGCGGCCGAAGAGUUGGAGACAUUCUAA